CAGUAUUUAUAUGUUUACGUCGAAAUUGUUGGCGGACGAAACGUCUUCUUCUAAUCUGUAUAUUCCAGUUACUAACAAGAACGCCUCUACACUGGCCAUUGUGGUAGAAUGCCCGGUUACCAGUACAAAUUUGCCGAGAAAGUGCGGCGAAAAUACGUGUGCCCGUUAUGCCGUUUACCAAUGCGAGACCCUGUACAAAUAACAACAUGUGAGCAUCGGUUCUGCGAUAUCUGCCUGCAAGCUUAUCUCAUAUAUCCUGAUGAUGACAUGACAGAUGAAAUUGUUGCCUUGACGAUCAGAUGUAGCUAUUACAAAGAUGGAUGUAAAUGGAUUGAUCAACUGGAAAAUUUGAAGUCACACUUAGAAAGCUGUAAAUACAAUCAAGUCGAGUGCCCCAAUAAUUGUACGGCGGUAAUUACCCGCAAACUUCUCAAGCACCACCUUAGUAAUGAGUGUCCUCGAAGAACUGUGGUAUGCGAACAUUGUGGAGCUGAUUUUACUGGAGUAAUGAUGGAGGGUCACAGAGGAAGUUGCCAAUUCCAGCAGGUACAGUGUGAAAAUAAAUGUGGAGUCAAAUUACAGAGAAGAUAUUUAUCAAGUCACACUUUGAAUGAAUGUCCCAAGCGUAUGUUAUCAUGCAAAUAUUGCCAUAAAGACGUUAUAUUCGACACUCUACAGACACAUCUCCAUCACUGUUUGAAAUACCCCGUGACAUGUCCCAAUCGAUGUGACCCAGAAAGAUUAGCCCGUGGUGACCUCGAGAAGCAUUUAAAAGAAAACUGGUCUUCUACCAUCAACUGUCCAUUUCAAGGUCAAGGAUGCAAAUAUAAGUCUCCAAGAUUUGCUUUGGAGCAGCAUUUAGAGAACAAUUCUAGAGAACACUUACUGAUGAUGUGCAUGGUUGCUAAGAGACAAGAAGAAGAAAUUCUUUCAUUACGAGCUGAACUGGAUACCAUGACAGGAAACACUGAUGGAACUCUUCUCUGGAAGAUUGACAAUUAUUCAUCUCUGUUUGCCAAGGCCAAAAAGGAGACAACUGAACUAUGUAGUAAACCAUUCUUCACCAGCAAAUAUGGCUAUAAACUUGGAUUGACCGCUUUUUUAAACGGAAAUGGCAGUGGCGAGGGAACACAUUUCUCCUUGUAUAUCAAGAUUCUCCCAGGGGAGUAUGAUACACUGUUGCAAUGGCCAUUCACCCACCCUGUGGAAUUUACCUUAUUAGACCAGACUGAUGAUGCGAAGAAGCGGAGACACAUAAAAGAAAGUUUUACGGCUGAUGCUUCAUGGAAGAACUUCCAUCGUCCAAGCAAACAAAAUAUAACACUGGGGUAUGGGUAUCCGACUUUAAUAUCUCACGAGGAGCUAAAUUUGAGAAACUACAUCAGGGAUGAUACAAUAUUUAUCAAAGUAAAAGUUGACACCUCAAAAAUUGUAGGUAUAUAGGUAGUAAAAGUAACACUGCCCUCAUUAGGCAAGAUUGGGGCAAUCUUUUGUUUUUAGUUAAACCUGUGUAUCACAGAUGUUGUGUUUUUUAAAAUCUAAACAAAAAUUAUUUUAUACAAAUUUUGAAUAGUUGUGGCCUAAAAAGUAGAUUAAUUUAAGCAAUAAAAAUUGGUUACUUAUUUCAAAACUGGUGAUACAAAUCUUGUACUUUGUAACACACUAUUUAAACAUUUGUUAAAAUAAUACAUUUAAAAUGGCUGCCAGUGUUGCCAUAGUAAUACUGCCAUUAUGUUAAAAUGGGUUCUGUAAUUAAAAAAAAGUGUUCAUGAAUGUAUACAGUAUACAUACCUGCAGGUUUCAGGGAAUUAUUUUAAGUAUUUAUUUGUUUUAUAAUCUUACUUUUGUAGAUUAUUUUUUAUUACCAUGGCAACUUAGAAAUUUGUUCUACCCAUGUACAUUAUUAGCAAGACAAUCACAAGGGUUCAGAUGUAUUUCACUUAUGUAAGUGAUACUAGUACAUGGUCAAUUCAACCUUUAUUUAAAUAUCACCUUGAAGUUUACGAAAACAAAGAUGUGCCACUGAUACACAUCACUGAAAUAAUAUUUUAGUAAUAUUUAACACUUUGUGAUGUUUUUAGUUGUUUAAAUUGCAAAUAUGAUAUCAUUUUCUGUCGUGACUUUAUCUGCAUUAAAUUAUGUUGUCAUAGGAACAUCACUUUAAAGCUGGGGCAUCAUUUAUAUGGCCUCUAUGAAUGUUUGACCCCUGCAUACAAAAUGUAUUCUCCAGGUGGAUAGUGCAUCAACACAACUGAUAUGUUAUUCAACUGUGUUUUUAUAAUAAUGAUUCUUGAAAUAUUACCUUGUAUGUAACCAGGAAUAGCAUCAGGUUUCUUCAUGGAUCAAAAUAUCAGCAGGGUGCCUAAUUUGCAUGUAAUUAACAUAAUGUUGCUGAUCAGAAAAUUUCCAUAGAAUAAAUAAACGAAAAAUAAA